GAAUUGGAAAAUGUUAUUUGCUUUAACAAAACAAUUUACUCUUGUGCAACAUCAAAUUGUGUCAAUCAAGCAAAUAAAGGAAGAAAGUCUUAUUUAUAAAAUAGCCUGCUUCUGAUUCACUUGAUUGCUUCUCAGGUUCCAACAGGGCGACAAAAUGAAGCUUUUGGUGCUUGGUGUUUUUCUGUUUUUCUGUAGUUCCCCAGCCUGGACAAAAGAAAAGCACUAUUACCUUGGAAUUAUUGAAACAACUUGGAACUAUAACUCCGACCGUGGGGAAAAGAAACUUGUUUCGGUUGACACAGAGCAUUUCAAUUUCUAUCUUCAAAACGGCCCAGACCGAAUUGGAAGAACAUACAAAAAGGCCCUUUAUAAUCAGUACACAGAUGGAACCUUUAAGACAACCGUAGAAAAGCCAGCCUGGCUCGGGCUUUUAGGCCCUAUCAUCAAAGCUGAAGUUGGAGAUAAAGUUUAUGUACACUUAAAAAACUUUGCCUCUAGGCCUUACACUUUCCAUGCACAUGGAUUAACUUACUAUAAGGAACACGAGGGGGCCAUCUACCCUGAUAACACCACCAACCUUCAAAGAGCAGAUGACAAAGUGCUUCCGGGAGAGACCUACACGUACAUGGUGCUUGCCACCGAGGACCACAGCCCUGGGGAGGGUGACGGCAACUGUGUGACACGGAUCUACCAUUCCCACAUCGAUGCUCCCAAAGACAUUGCCUCGGGGCUCAUCGGACCUUUAAUAGUCUGUAAAAAAGAUUCUCUAGAUAAGGAGAAAGAAAAGAACAUCGAUCAAGAAUUUGUGGUGAUGUUUUCUGUGGUGGAUGAAAACCUGAGCUGGUACCUAGAAGACAACAUUAAAGCUUACUGCUCGGAGCCAGACCGAGUGGACAGAGACAAUGAGGAAUUCCAGGAGAGCAACAGGAUGUACUCUGUAAAUGGAUACACUUUUGGAAGUCUGCCAGGACUCUCCAUGUGUGCAGAAGACAGAGUAAAAUGGUACCUUUUUGGUAUGGGUAAUGAGAUCGAUGUGCAUGCAGCUUACUUCCAUGGGCAAGCACUGACCAACAAGAACUACCGUGUGGACACAAUCCAUCUCUUCCCUGCUACGCUGUUUGAUGCUUUUAUGGUGGCCCAGAACCCUGGAGAAUGGAUGCUGAGCUGCCAGAACCUAAACCAUCUGAAAGCCGGUUUGCAGGCAUUUUUCCAGGUUCAUAACUGUAGGAAGCCCUCCUCCGAAGACAACAUCCGGGGGAAACACGUGAGACACUACUAUAUUGCUGCUGAGGAAAUCAUCUGGAAUUAUGCUCCCUCCGGUAUAGAUAUCUUCACCAAAGAAAAUUUAACAGCUCCUGAAAGUGACUCAAGGGUAUUUUUUGAACAAGGUUCUACAAGAAUUGGUGGCUCUUAUAAAAAGCUGGUUUACCGUGAGUACACAGAUGUGACCUUCACAAAGCAAAAGGAAAGAGGCCCAGAGGAGGAACAUCUUGGCAUCCUGGGUCCCAUCAUUUGGGCAGAAGUGGGAGACACCAUCAAAGUCACCUUCUAUAACAAAGGACCGUACCCCCUCAGUAUCGAGCCAACUGGAGUGAGAUUCAGCAAGGAGAAUGAGGGCACGUUCUAUGCACAACAUUACAAUCCCCCGACGGAAAGUCCACCUCCUCAUCCAGCCUCCCAUGUGGCACCUAAGGAAACCUUUACCUACGAAUGGACUGUCCCCCAGGAAGUGGGACCCACUUAUGCAGAUCCCGUGUGCCUGUCUAGGAUGUAUUAUUCUGCUGUGGAUCCCACGAAAGAUAUAUUCACUGGGCUUAUCGGGCCAAUGAAAAUAUGCAAGAAAGGAAGUUUACAUGCAAAUGGGAGACAGAAAGAUGUAGACAAGGAGUUCUAUUUGUUUCCCACCGUAUUUGAUGAGAACGAGAGUUUGCUCCUGGAUGAAAAUAUUAGAAUGUUUACAACUGCACCUGAUCAGGUGGAUAAAGAAGAUGCAGACUUCCAGGAAUCCAAUAAGAUGCACUCGAUUAAUGGAUUCAUGUAUGGGAAUCUGCCUGGUCUCAAUAUGUGCCUAGGAGACUCUGUCGUGUGGUACGUAUUCAGUGCUGGAAAUGAGGCCGACGUACACGGGAUCUACUUUUCAGGAAACACAUUUCUGUCAAAAGGAGAAAGAAGAGACACAGCCAAUCUCUUCCCACAAACGAGUCUGACACUUCUCAUGCAGCCUGACUCGACAGGGACCUUUGAUGUCGAGUGCCUUACGACCGACCACUACACAGGUGGCAUGAAGCAGAAAUACACUGUGAGCAGCUGCACGCAGCAGUCUGAGGAUCUCACCGGCUACCUGAAUGAAAGAACCUACUACGUGGCAGCCCUGGAGAUGGAAUGGGAUUAUUCGCCACACAGGGCAUGGGAAAAGGAGCUGCAUCACUUACAAGAGCUAAAUGUUUCCAAUGCAUUUCUAGAUAAGGGGGAGUUUUACAUAGGCUCAAAGUACAAGAAAGCUGUGUACCGGCAAUACACCGACAGCACCUUCCGAGUCCCAGUGGAGAGAAAACCUGAGGAAGAGCACCUGGGGAUUCUAGGCCCACAGCUUCACGCAGAUGUUGGAGACAAAGUCAAGAUCGUCUUUAAAAACAUGGCAACAAGACCCUACUCCAUACAUGCCCACGGGGUGAAAACGGAGAGCCCCAUGGUGACUCCAACACUGCCAGGUGAAAUUCGCACUUACAUAUGGAAAAUCCCAGAAAGAUCUGGAGCUGGCACAGAGGAUUCGCCCUGUAUCCCAUGGGUUUACUACUCCACUGUGGAUCAAGUUAAGGAUCUCUACAGCGGAUUGAUUGGCCCACUGAUCGUCUGUCGGAGACACUACCUGAAAGUAUUCAAUCCCAUGAAGAAACUGGAAUUCUCCCUUCUGUUUCUAGUAUUUGAUGAGAAUGAAUCUUGGUACUUAGAUGACAACAUCAAAACAUACUCUGAUCACCCCGAGAGAGUAAAAAAAGAUGAUGAAGAAUUCAUAGAAAGCAAUAAAAUGCAUGCUAUUAAUGGGAGAAUGUUCGGAAACCUGCGAGGCCUCACGAUGCACGUGGGAGAUGAGGUCAACUGGUACCUGAUGGGGAUGGGCAAUGAGAUAGACCUGCACACAGUGCACUUUCACGGCCACAGCUUCCAUUACAAGCACAGGGGCAUUUAUAGUUCUGAUGUCUUUGACAUUUUCCCUGGGACGUACCAAACCCUAGAAAUGUCUCCCCAAACUCCUGGAAUCUGGUUACUCCACUGCCAUGUGACCGACCACAUUCAUGCUGGGAUGGAAACCACGUAUGCCGUUCUACCCAACGAAGAAACCAAGUCUGGCUGAAAGAAAUAAUUUGGUGAUAAGUGGAAAAAUUUUUAAAAAAAGAUUCAUAACAAUGUAUGUGAACAUGUUAAAUACAACAUUACUUUGGAAUGGCUAUAAACAUUAAUAAAAGACUGAAAACAUAAAAUUCUGUGCAUCUAUGGGGGAAACUGUGUUGCCUGCUACAGAUAAAAAAAGAUCAACAAAGGCCAUUAAGAUGUUUAAAAAAAAAAAAAAAUCUAUGACCAGAUAGCUGUCCCGGUGGUCCUCAAAGGAUCACAUGAAGCAUCCCUGACAUGUUCCCAACCAUCACCUUCCCAUCAAUGCUGACAUCGUUUCUAAUGAGCCAGUGGGCAUGCAGGUACAAGCUGCAGAAGAACAAGGAAAAAUAAAACAAAAAUAAAAAGAUGCCAAUUGGAGUUUUGUUGAACCCUUGAAAAGAUGGUCAAGGGGUAUUACCUGGAAUUGGGAAAGGUGAAGUUGAGAAACAAUGCCUAUGUCAAAUCCAGGUAAAAACAAACUUAAUAAAAUAUUGAAACCUUGCCACCAGGAGAAAAGCUUCAGAACGUGGUUGUGCCAGGCAGUGGGCAAGCAGAACUUCUGUACUGUCUCAACUGGAUUCAGUGAACACUCUCAAUGAGCUGAACUUGGACUCAAAACUCCUUCACAAGAGGUUAAAAAAGAAGACAGACAUGACUAUCAUGAUACAGUGCUUUAUUGUUACAAAUGCUCCAGCUGCAAGAGCAACAGGAGUAUACAUCAACAGGAAACAGAUACAAGGCUUGGGCUGGAAAGCAUGCACUCAACAAAUGAUGCCAACAUCUAGACAGGAAGUGAGGUUUGUGAACAUUUACUUCAUCUGAUGCAGAAAGAAACAGCACAGGAUUUAAAAGUAACAAGAAGAUAAGAGUUGAAAAUCUUUUACAGUGGCAAAACAUUUACAUCUUCCUCAAGAGAAAAUUAUUAUUAUUAUUUUUUGAAAGUAACACAAUAGAAAAAUCUGGAAAAUUCCAGAAGAUAAAAUUUCUGGUGCUCUAAAGUAACAUUCAAAUAAACUUGUAAAAUAUUUCCUCGAGUGUUCCUGGGAUAGAAAAAGAUUGUCAUGUCUCCAAGAACAAGAAAUUGGUGGUGUUUUCUGGAAUAAAAAUCAGUAUCCACUUUUAAAUAUGUGGCUUCCUUGAAGAAUUCUUGUGUCUUGAAGCUCUUUUACAUUCUGGGCAAUUAAAGGGAUUCAGGUUAUAAAUUUAGAAAUUAGUGGUUACCCACUACAUGAAGCACCCUGAAAGAAUCUGAGAUAUAUAAAAAAUACAAAAAAAAAAAAAAAAAAAAAAAAACCCUUUGCUUGUAUCUGUAC